AUGUAUUCAGGUGCCUUACAAAUCAUAUUUGAUGCUCUUUUACAGGACUUGAGCACAUCCCUGUGCAAUGUGAUUAAUGCAUACUGCUUUGCCUGCAAUGGCUGCUAUGACAACUGCAUCUAUGUUCUGCUCAGUAACAAGAUCACCUUCUUAAUGGAGCUACUGAUGCAUCAGUUGACAAUCUUUGUUCCUGCUGAAGAUGAAACCAGCUUUGGAAAAAGUGUGAACAAGCAAGUAUUUGAAGGACUGACAACCGGACUGCUCCAAACAUGUGCCACUGUGCUUGAGUGCCUGGCCACCAAUCUCCUUGAGGCCAGCAGUCAGCCUGGCACACCUAAGAAAUCUCUCCAAGAAACCAAGAACAACUGCUCACAGAGUGAAGUCUACAGCAACAGAGUGCAGGAUCUGAUUAGCUAUGUAGUAUAUAUCGGACUUAUCGACAAGCUGUAUGGCUGCUUCUUAUCCAUACAAGGACCUGUUGAUGAUCUUCCUAAGAUUGCCUCCUUUCUACAAAAUACUACUGCAUUACUACAUGGUCUGUGCAGGUUGGAUUUUGCCGUCCUCAACAGAUCACAGGGUAUUUUUGAAAACAAACGGCAGGAUCCCACCGGCCUGAUCGCCGCACUACAGUCCACCGAACUGGUGGGUGCCCUGAACAUGCUUUACUGCAUUCUUCUGCACGGUGCGUCAGCCGAUCAUAACACCUCCACUUUCGGAGAGAUUUAUACACAACCCACAAUUCACGUUGCCAUCCAGAGUCUUCGUUUCCUGAACAGCUUCGCAUUUCUAGAUCUUCCAACUUUCCAGGCUGUGUGUGGUGCAGAAGGACUGUCCCUGGCAUUCCGCCAUAUUGUCAGCUCACUGCUGUGGUAUUGCUCCCAUCAUACCUGUGAGGACCUGUUACACGAGGUCAUUGUGUGUGUGGGGUAUUUUACUGUGAACCACCCUGACAAUCAGGUAACUGUACAAUCGGGCCGGCACCCCACUGUCCUUCAGAAACUCUGCCAGUUACCGUUUCAGUACUUCAGUGACCAGCGUUUGAUCAAGGUCCUCUUCCCAGCACUGAUCACAGCUUGUUACAACAAUCCCCAAAACAAGGUCAUCUUAGAGCAGGAGAUGAGCUCCAUCCUGCUGGCCUCCUUCAUCCAGGAUUUUGCACAGAGCUCCAGCCAGCCUGAAAAUAAGUCUUCACAACGGAAAGAAAAAAUUCCUCGUGCUCUGGACUAUCUGGAAUUCUCGAAUAGGUUUCCUCGUGAGAUGUGGGAUGAUGCUCGGACAUUUUUCUUGAAAAAAGAAAAGAACUGAAACACAAACAGGAAGAUGUACUCAACAUGCCACACACACAAAAACAAACAUGCAAACACACACACACACACACACACAAUAUUUUGGUUUAUAGGUCAGCCAGUAAUGCAACCACUAACAUUAUGUUCAGAUAGUUCUUUCUAUGAUUUGCACAAAUUGUAUAUAUUUCCUGAUGUACAUACGGUCUUAAUUUUAAUCACUUUUUGACAUUUCUUUUCAAUGUGAACCUUUCAACUGUACAUGCACAAAUAUGAGUUUAGUUCUUCUAGUUUCUUUUCCAAGUUGUACAGCAGUCACCAGCACUGUGGAGUGUGUCAAUUAAUUUUUAUUUAUUAGAAGUAUCUUUGUAGCCCCAAUAAGCUAACGCAAUAAAAUUAUUUAUUUUCAUUUUCA